GGGUUGAGCCUGCCGCUGCCUUGGCUACCAAGCUCCUCAGGUGGCAGCGCUUGCAGUCGGGCUACGGAGGCCGGGUUGCCAGAUUAUGGGAAAGCCAUUUAAGAAGUUCCUGGAAUAAUAUUAGUCAGAGUAAUAUAGGAUCUGCAGGAAGUGCCUCAAGAUAGUUGGAAAAGAAGAAUUUCUAGACUCUUCAUCAAGAUCUUCAUUUAUACAGCUGUUAAAUCCAAGGCUACUUUGGUGAAAGCAUGAAUAAAAAUACAUCUACUGUAGUAUCAUCCAGUCUACUUGAAAAGGAUCCUGCCUUUCAGAUGAUUACCAUUACCAAGGAAACAGGCCUUGGCCUGAAGAUACUAGGAGGAAUUAACCGGAAUGAAGGCCCAUUGGUAUAUAUUCAGGAAAUUAUUCCUGGAGGAGACUGUUAUAAGGAUGGUCGUUUGAAGCCAGGAGAUCAACUUGUCUCAGUCAACAAGGAAUCUAUGAUUGGUGUAUCAUUUGAAGAAGCAAAAAGCAUAAUUACCAGAGCCAAGUUGAGGUUAGAAUCUGCUUGGGAGAUAGCAUUCAUAAGACAAAAAUCUGACAACAUUCAGCCAGAAAACCUGUCAUGUACAUCACUUAUAGAAGCUUCAGGAGAAUAUGGACCUCAAGCCUCAACAUUAAGUCUUUUUUCUUCUCCUCCUGAAAUACUAAUCCCAAAGACCUCCUCCACUCCCAAAACAAAUAAUGCCAUUUUACCUUCUUGUGAGACAAAAACUGGAUACAACAAAACAGUACAGAUUCCAAUUACUUCAGAAAACAGUACUGUGGGUUUGUCUAAUACAGAUGUUGCUUCUGCCUGGACUGAAAAUUAUGGACUACAAGAAAAGAUCUCCCUAAAUCCCUCUGUUCGCUUUAAGGCAGAGAAACUGGAAAUGGCUCUAAAUUAUCUUGGUAUUCAGCCCACAAACGAACAACACCAAGCCCUGAGACAGCAAGUACAAGCAGACUCAAAAGGGACAGUGUCUUUUGGAGAUUUUGUCCAGGUUGCCAGAAACUUGUUUUGCUUGCAGUUGGAUGAAGUAAAUGUUGGUGCACAUGAAAUUUCCAAUAUAUUAGAUUCACAGCUUCUUCCUUGUGAUUCUUCAGAAGCAGAUGAAAUGGAAAGGCUCAAGCGUGAAAGAGAUGAUGCCUUGAAAGAAGUAAAUACACUUAAGGAAAAAUUAUUGGAAUCAGAUAAGCAAAGGAAACAAUUGACAGAAGAGCUCCAGAAUGUGAAACAAGAAGCCAAAGCUGUAGUUGAAGAAACAAGAGCCCUGCGUAGUCGGAUUCAUCUUGCUGAAGCUGCUCAGAGACAGGCACAUGGAAUGGAAAUGGACUAUGAAGAAGUGAUCCGUCUGUUAGAGGCCAAGAUUACAGAGCUAAAGGCUCAGCUUGCUGAUUAUUCUGACCAAAAUAAAGAAAGUGUUCAGGAUUUAAAAAAGAGAAUCAUGGUACUUGACUGCCAAUUACGAAAAUCAGAAAUGGCUCGAAAAACGUUUGAGGCAUCCACUGAAAAGCUUCUUCAUUUUGUAGAGGCUAUUCAAGAAGUAUUUUCUGAUAAUUCUACUCCUUUAUCAAAUUUAAGUGAAAGAAGAGCUGUGUUAGCUUCUCAGACUUCCCUCACACCGCUGGGAAGGAAUGGACGUAACAUCCCAGCAACACUGGCACUUGAAUCUAAGGAACUUGUUAAAUCUGUUCGUGCCUUACUUGAUAUGGAUUGUUUACCUUAUGGGUGGGAGGAAGCUUACACAGCAGAUGGAAUCAAGUACUUCAUCAAUCAUGUAACACAGACUACAUCCUGGAUUCAUCCCGUGAUGAGUGUCCUGAAUCUAUCUUGCUCAGAAGAGAAUGAAGAGGAUUGCUCUCGAGAACUCCCCAACCAGAAAAGUUGAUGGUUUUCCUUAGGAAGUGGAGCUACAUGGAUGACGUGAGCAGAGACACAUAACAUCCAAUUCUGAGAUGCAACAGUCUAAAAUAGGAGUAAAGCAUGCACUACUUGUUGAAGUGUGAAAUGGAGACUCUGGACUUCGGGUAUUUUUGUAAAACUUUUGAUAUUUCUGUAUACAUUUAAAAAAUCAAUUGCCACUACAGUAGUUCCUUAAGAAUAAUCUAGUUAUAUUUUUUGAAAUCACAUAUAAUUAGACUUUAUAAUAUAUAUACUUUUUCAUAUA